UAACGCUAACGUUAACGUUAACGUCGCUACUCCCUAAAUUCCAUUUUCAGUUCCGACGCUAACGCAAUGGAAACACCACCGUCACAAGCCACCGCCUCCGCCGCCAAGCUCCGCCUCAUGUGCAGCUACGGCGGCUACAUACUCCCUCGUCCACGCACCAACUCUCUCUGCUACGCCGGCGGAGAAACCCGCAUCGUUUCAAUCGAGCGCCGCGCCGUCACCACACUCUCCUCUUUGAUUUCGCACCUCUCUUCAACUCUCUCCAUAAACUUCCCUUUCACUCUCAAGUACCAGCUUCCCCAUCUCGACCUCGACUCGCUUAUCUCACUCGCCUCCGAUGAAGAUCUCCACAUCCUCAUCGACGAGCACAACCGCCUCGCCUCUUCUUCCCCUUCUCCCUCACGCAUCAGACUCUUUGUUUUCCCCGAAUCGGGUCGACCCGUUAUUCGCCACCCGAAAACGGAGUCUUGGUUCUUCGAUGCCCUCAAGAGUGCUAAGAUUAUGCAAAACGGUGCGGAGGAGGGUGAACCUAACCACUUUGUCUCUUCUGCCCCUGAAUCCAUCGUUUUGGAGACAAGUUCCUCUUUUGGGUCAACUUCCUCUUCAUCUUCCUUCACCAAUUUGCCUCCUGUAAGAGCUCACUUUGAAGACAAGUUCACCUCUUCCGAUACAAUUCCAAGUGAUAAUACUGUUUCAAGUGUUAUGUCUCCUCAGCAGAAUAUAUCUUACCAAGAACCUGUGGUUCAUGUUUCGGAGGCUAGAGUCAAUGCUGAGUCCAUUGAAGUUGAAAGUAAAAUCCCUUACAUUUCGUCGGGUUUCAUAGCGAAUAACACCAAUGUGGAUAUAGGGUAUACUUCAUGUCCACAGUUUAAUCAAGUGGAGAGGCCACAUUUGCAGUUUGUGCAAGCUGCUACACACUUUUUACCACUUCACCCGAGUGGUCUGUUGCCAGUACCAUCUCUGCAGCACAUUUACCAGCAACCACGUCCAUUGCAGCAUAUGGUUUAUCAUGCUAAUCAACCUUGCCCGGUAUACCUUGUGCCUAUUGGAAACAUGCCUCCCAAUAGUUUGCCUAUAAGUGCAGCUAGCCAAGCUUCAUUGAAUCUUAAUGCUUCCUUAAUGAAUUGUCAUGUAGCUCACAAUCCUGAGGUGGGAGCCAGGUCUCCUUUUGCUCAUGAUUUUACUUCUCAGAAUUACUUAACUAACAAUGCAAUUGCAUCGGUUGUUCAUGUACCUUACAAUGGAAGUCAGCAAAAAGAAAUGGAUAUUUAUCAAAUGCAUAAUCAAUCUCAGUCUCAGAAUGUAUCUAUUACUCCCAGGGAAUCUCCCGAGUAUGAAAAUGAACUUGAUGAUGACCUUGCUCGUGUUCAGAUAUACAAAUCUCAGCCCCCACCUCCCACAUUACCUUCUAAAUACAAAACAAUGGCAAAAGCUACAACAGACCCGAUGUCGGAGGCUCUUGCUCAGUUGCAUGUGGAUAACCACAAGCAGCAGACAGAAACAUUACAGCCACAGUGAUUUUAAUUAUCUGCAUGGUACAGUUUUGGUAGAAGUUCUACGAUGACUUUGAAUGUUUUUUUUUUGGUUUUUCUGAGUGUAUAAUACAUUGAAUCUUUUCCUCUUACUUUUUUUCCUUUUUUUUUGUGUGGAUAUUUUUUGGUCGCUAACUCUCUUGUUUGAUAUGUAAACCUUCCAUAAUAAAAG